GUUUCAAUGAAGGUCUCAAGAACCCAACAAGAGAUGCUCAAGACAAUCCGGAAUAUUCUUAUGGGAGAUUGCCAUAUUAGUUAUGGAAUGUUAGUGGGUAUGGAUCAUGUACUGAUGCAGCAAUCACUGGCAUAAAUGCCUCCUCUAUUGAUGUAACUCCAGUUAAUGUUCACUGUCACUAUUGGAGAUGAUGUAGCAAUCUCAGCAUUCAGCCUUCUAGCUUCUCCUUUGACAUUUUUGAAGGAUCCCCACGGUAAUGGGAAAAACUCACUAUGUCACUGAGUGUUAUAGCAUUGGUUGCCAUGAGCAGUUCACUUUGUUGUAUAUUUGCUCCUGGACACUCUGGCACUUGUAAUGGUGCUGCUGCAGAAGGUUUGUUUCAGUCUUAAUCAUUUUGACUGCAGAAUACCUAUUGUUGACGUGCCAAAAUAGAUGGAGUCGCCAUCUAUCCAAAUGAGGUGGGAUAGAUCACCAAGGCCUUUGCAGAAAUUAACUAGGUUCGGAGAGUCGGUUAAGCGUGGGGAAGGUGUUAGGCACCCCACAAACUUCCAUAUAAAUAUGGUUACCACAUACUUUAAUUUUGGAGAAAUUUCAAUUUUUAUCAAAUAAUAAUAAUUACCAAAUAAAUAAAAAAAAAUCACUUCAACAAAAAAAAAAAAAAAUCCCUCAAUCAUUUUUUAUUCUCCGUUUCUUUUCUUUUCUUUUUUUUUUUUCAUUUCUGCUUUCUCUUCUUCCUUUUUCCGUUUCUGCUUUCUUUUCUUUUCUUUUUUUCAUUUUCUGUUUUUUUUUGUUCCAUUUUUUUUCCGCCUCUGUUUUUUUUUUGUUCUUUCCUUUCUUUUCUUUUUUCUGCACUUCUUUUCCUUUUUUUUUUUUUUUUUUUUUUUUAUCUAAUGCAUUUCAAAAACAUAGCAAAUCCUAGAAAAAAAAAAUCUGUUCAUUAUUUCAGAUUACCGGAGCAUAAACUAAAUCACAGUACCCAUAUCUUCACCCAAACAGCAGCUUCUAAAUGAUAACCUAAACUUAAAAAGACGGUAAUUGAUUUUGUUAAAUUACUCUGACUAAACCAGGAAACAGCCAUGAAACCAA